UGGGGAGUUGUAGGGCUGGGGAACUGAUUUUGAGGAUCUUUAUCGUUGCUCUAGCACUGCCAACUAGAGCAGUAAAAUACAACUUGUGAAGAAAACAAAAACAAAAAUAGCGUCACUGCAGUGUCGCUUUUUUCAACGGCACUGAGAAAGUCCUAUUUUCCGGCAGAACCUGAAGGCAACAAAAGUUCGAAAAGUAUGGCGGCGGCGGAGUGUUUGACAACACUAACAGAGCAAUGGAUACGAGACAGAUUACAUUUAAAACAUCCGUGCCUCGGCGACGUCCGGACAUUGAGCCUCCCGGGGACAUAUGAGGAGAAGAUUGGACAUCUGGGAAAUGCUCUGAAUAAUUUCGUCCGAUUGAAGUCUCUGGAUCUCUCCUGCAAUGCACUCGUCUGUGUUGAGGGGGUGCAACACCUAAAAAUGCUGGAGAGGCUGAUCCUCUACUAUAACUGCAUACCUUCCCUCGAUGAGCUCAAAGUGCUGUUCGAGCUGUCCUCUCUGAAGGAGCUGGACAUCAGGCUCAACCCUCUGACCAAGAGUUAUCCCAACUACCGCCCCCAUCUGGUGCAUGCCAUGCCCAACCUGCGCAAGCUUGACAGCUGCUCGGUCAGAGACACAGAGCGCAAAGCUGCCAUAUUGCAGUUCUCCUCUGAUCUUCUCCCAGAGCAGAAAAGCUCCUCUCAGGAUGGGAUUGAAGAGCAAAGAAGCAGUGAUCAAAGGCUGGCUCUGGUUAACCGUGUAACCAAGAAUCUUUCUGUCCUGACUGAGAGUCAUGAUAUUGUCUUGAACUUUGCGGCAAAUCACAGAGGCCAAAGUGAAACUGGCUCCGACUCCGUUCACAAGGACACAGAAGGACCCAAAGAACAAGAUUCAAGUGAUUUUACUGAACAGAGGAGUUCAACACCUAAACAGGAAACUGCGAAAUCUAUCCUCAGAUAUCCUCCCACCAAAAAUGUGACUGAAAGACCCAAAGUGUCCUUUGGCCCCUACAUAGAGAAACGUAAAUCGGUGUCUGGAAAACAAAAGCAAAAGGACGUCCCCAAACAGACGAGACAUGCAGCCAAAGGUCAUUUUACUCCACAUCCUGACCAAAGUCACCGUCAUAGUCCUUCAUUCAUUAAUAUCCGGCCUCCCAGUCCACGACGUCCCGGUCUGAAUCUCUCAGACCCUUCUAACCCCAUCUUACAUCCUCCAAGACUGACGUACUCUAGCCUGAACAAGACAGCAGGGGGCUCUAGCCUGCCUGAGAAGAAAAAAAGGGGUAGUUAUAGGAAACCCUUGGAGAUGCUCCUCAACCUUGUGGACAAACACUGGACGGGAGAGCGAUCUCUGCAUCAUAACAACAACUUCCUGUCACAAGCAGUCCAGAUUCUCUCUAUGAUGGAAAGCGAUAUUUCCAGUCGGGAGGCUGAGGUCAGGACCCUAAGACGGGAAGUCGACGCUCUGGGUUUCCAGGCUGCGGCACGAGAGGAAGAGCACAAAUCUGAAGUUCGUAACCUCUCUGCUCAGCUGGAGGAAUCUCGCAGAGCUGUCGGUAAACUAAAUGAGCAGCUGAGGAUCGUCUUGGAGGAGAAUGUCGCUCUGCAGAAACAGCUCAUCAAGUUAGAGCGGCAGUAUCUGAAAUCUAUGAUGAAGAGUUCACCCAUUACUCAGAUCAGAGAGGCUCAGACCGAAGUGGAGGAGCUGAAGAAAGAAAUCGAGGGGCUGAGGGAGAAAGUGCAAGAGGCCGAGAAAGUGAAGGACCUGUCAAAUAUGCUGCAGGAAAGCCACAGGUCUCUGGUGGCCACCAACGAGUGCCUGCUGGCCGAGCUCAAGGGAAGCGGGGAACAUUAAAGCAGUUUGAAUGAAGAGAUGAACACGGGGAUAAAAAAAUAUCCAGAGCGAGACUGUGACAAGCUUCUCACGAGCACGACCUCCUGCAGCUACGCGCUGUUUUAAAUGUAUUUUUACUUUAUUUAUAUCAUUGCAUUGUACUUUUUUGUGUGUGUGUGUGUGUGUUCAUUUUUGCCCCUUCUGAUGAAUUAAGUGUUUAUUAUUUCAGAGAAAACAUGUAUAGGCUUUGUUUGCUUGAUGUAAACGGUAACGGGGGAAAGCAAUUCAUUCAGGAAACUUUGUAUAUAAGUGUGUGACAAGGCUGCUAUGCUAACAAAUGAUUUUAGGGGGAAAAUGUCAGUGAGAAGGUCGUAAUGUAUUUUCUGGAUCUGUGGAAAGUCUCUCUUUCUCUGUUUUUUUUUUUUUUUUUUUUUUUUUUUAGGUCAGUUGCGUUGCCGUCUGCUUUGUAUGGCGCAGUGGAAUGAAAGCGUCUAGGUUCCAGCUGCACUGUGACUUUAUUUAUGCCUUUGCCUUCGGGCUGGAGAGCUGCACACACACGCUAAUACGAGACCUAGCACACCAGGUUAGAAUUUCAGUGCUACAGAGGCAAUAUAGCUUUUUAUCUGAACGUUACAGGUCACUGGUUGGUGCUAAAGGCGUGGAGUUCGACACUGAUCCCAGAAAAGCCAUAAGAAUAUAGCACACACUUUGACACCCCCGUACUGUAUUCGGUUUGUUUUUUAUUUUCAAUAAUGCACUACAAAUCAUGAACACACUUUAAGAAGUCUAAACAAGGACAAAAAACACGCUGCAUGCACUGGGGCACAAUAGUACAUUAAAAGUUAUUUGAAAAAAGACAAAAUUGUUCCUCCACAUUAAAGGUGCACAGUAUUUGGCAUUAAGCACAGAAGACGGAUCGCACUACUGCAGCAGACGAACACAAAAAAAAAAGAAAUCGCGCCGAUAGCUGCUAGUUUUGCACUCGAUGCAUGAUUCUUCAUCAGCUGAGGCUACAGGUAGUGUGUGGAAAAAAAAUGAUCUACAAAAGUUUAUUCCUUGCUUGCAGUCUUCCCUUUAUCUGAUACAGUAUGUAAGGAGACAUUAAAGCCCUGCUUGGUUUCAGUUCAGAUUUGUGCUUCGUAUGACGGUGCCACGCACGACAGGUACUUUUAAAUCAUACGACUAGAAUAGCAUUAGAGGACAGCUGACUUUGUACAUGUACGAGUUGAUACACAUUGAAUUCAAGCAAUACAAGUUUUUAUCACAAAUUCAUCACUUAAGAUUUUUAGCAAGAGAAUAUUUAAGCCUGUCCAGUAGUCUGUCCACACAGUAGUUUCCAUAAGACGUGACUCCUACUGUCAUCUAUAUGCUUCUGAAUCAAAUGCAAUAUACAGAACAUGCACAAAGUACAGCAAUACAGGGAAAAAUAAGGACUGAACAAGAAGCCAGUGUUUUAAAUUAAGCCAUGUGGCUAAAACCUUUUAGAAUAUACACAAUCUUACCACAAAUAUAUUAGAACUACUGUAUAGAAAUC